AUGAUGAGCCGCCACACCCCACACCGGAUAAGUGCAGAUAUCUUGUCGGGGGACGCUUGGCUUCUUGAUGAUGAGCCGCCACACCCCACACCGGAUUAUUCCAUUCUUUCGAUUCCGCCGACAUUGGGUGGUGAUUCUGAGCGGCCGGGCGCCGACCAAGCCCCCGGGAAAGCUGAAUAUGUGCUGCCGCCAAUGACAUCUGUACUUCCAAAUUAUGGUAAAGGGCGCGAAGAAGAAGUAGGUGGCGAACCGCCGUUACCUCGUAACGCGUUAGGCAGCCUGUUGCAACGGGAAUUGCCUGCUGGCGCCGAAACCGUGGACAGUGGGCCCUCCCCGGAUACAGCAGAUGCGACAAAGGAGUCUCUACAAGAACUCACAGCAGAAGCGCCCACAUCUCCGAAAGCAGGAAUGGCCAGCACCCCCGAAGGAGCAGUUGACCACUAUUCGGCACCUUCCUCCAGGACCUCUGCUUCCCCGCGGCAGCUACCUGCGGGAGUCAGGCUGUCUCAGGAAAGUCAAUCAGUUGAGCAGUCUUCGUCUAUGAUAGACCUGCCUACUGAUGCAACUGUCAUUUCGCGCUUCGCGUGGCUCAGCGAGUUUCUCCCAGCUGUUCCUAUUGACGUCAUGAGAACGCACCCAUUUUACCGUCACCCACAACACCAGGAAGAACGCCUCAUAAGACAAUCUAGUGCACCGUUUGCGGCGUUGUUUCGCCCAAUCAAGAGGAAUGCAGGCCCAGCACUUGCUAUGUGCUACACAUUAAUGAAACUCAGGCCAUGGACACUCUGGGAACGAUUUUUUUUGUUCUGGACACGCUCUAUUGUGCAGCAGAAGUACUAG